AUGCCAAAGUUAGUUUUAAUUAGACACGGUCAAUCCGAUUGGAACGAAAAAAACUUGUUCACUGGUUGGGUCGAUGUUAAAUUGUCAGAAACUGGUAGAAAGGAAGCCAAAAGAGCUGGUGAAUUGAUCAAGGAAGCUGGUAUUAAAGGUGACGUUUUGCACACCUCUCUUUUAUCCAGAGCUAUUCAAACAGCUGAUAUUGCAUUAGAAGAAGCCGACCAAUUAUGGCUUCCUGUCAAGAGAUCAUGGAGAUUGAAUGAAAGACACUAUGGUGACUUGCAAGGUAAAGACAAGGCGGAAACAUUGGAACAGUACGGUAAAGAGAAGUUCCAAACUUGGAGAAGAUCAUUCGAUGUCCCACCACCACCAAUUUCAGCUGACAACAAGUACUCACAAGUUGGAGAAAGAAGAUAUGCUGAUCUUGACCCAUCCGUCGUUCCACAUACUGAGUCAUUGAAGUUAGUCAUUGACAGAUUGAUUCCAUACUGGCAAGAUGAAAUUGCUGCUGAUUUGUUGGACGGUAAAGUUGUCAUUGUCGCUGCUCAUGGUAACUCAUUGAGAGCUUUGGUUAAGCACUUGGACAACAUUUCUGACGAAGAAAUUGCUGGCUUGAACAUCCCAACUGGUAUCCCAUUGGUUUACGAAUUGGAUGAAAAAUUGAAGCCAACCAAGCCAGCCUACUAUUUGGACCCAGAAGCUGCUGCUGCAGGUGCUGCCGCUGUCGCUGCACAAGGUACCAAAAAGUAA